GCCCCUAAAAAUAUGUAUUUCAAGGUACAAAUGAUGCAAAAUGUACACCUGGCCCCAGAGACAGAUGAAGAUGAUCUUUAUUCUGGUUAUAAUGACUACAAUCCAACCUAUGACACUGAGGAAUUAGAGAACGACAUAGCUUUUCAGGAAGCCGUGAGAACUAGUCAUGGCAGAAGACCUCCAAUAACUGCUAAAAUACCAAGCACAGCAGUUACUAGACCUGUAGCUACUGGAUAUGGGUCCAAGACAUCCCUGGCAUCAUCGAUGGGAAGACCAAUGACAGGGGCUAUUCAGGAUGGAGUUACUAGACCAAUGACAGCAGUGAGAGCAGCUGGUUUUACCAAAGCAGCUGUAAGAGGCUCUGCAUUUGACCCCCUUGGUCAGUCAAGGGGCCCUGCUCCUCCUUUGGAAGCCAAAAAUGAAGAUAGUCCAGAAGAAAAGAUUAGACAAUUAGAGAAGAAAGUAAAUGAAUUGGUAGAAGAAAGCUGUAUUGCUAACAGUUGUGGAGACUUAAAAUUGGCCUUAGAAAAGGCAAAAGAUGCAGGAAGAAAGGAGAGAAUCUUGGUGAGACAACGAGAACAAGUUACAACUCCAGAAAAUAUCAAUUUGGAUUUAACUUACUCAGUUCUUUUCAACUUGGCCAGUCAAUAUUCAGCGAAUGAAAUGUAUGCUGAAGCACUAAAUACAUACCAAGUUAUAGUGAAAAAUAAGAUGUUUAGCAAUGCAGGAAGAUUGAAAGUGAAUAUGGGAAAUAUUUAUUUAAAGCAAAGAAAUUAUUCCAAAGCCAUUAAAUUCUACCGAAUGGCACUAGAUCAAAUUCCAAGCGUCCAUAAAGAAAUGAGGAUUAAAAUCAUGCAGAACAUUGGUGUUACAUUUAUUAAAACUGGUCAAUAUUCAGAUGCCAUUAAUUCAUUUGAGCACAUAAUGAGUCUGGCACCAAAUCUGAAGGCAGGCUUCAACCUGAUUCUUAGUUACUUUGCUGUUGGAGAUCGAGACAAAAUGAAGAAGGCGUUCCAAAAAUUGAUUGCGGUUCCAUUAGAAAUUGAUGAAGAUGAUAAAUAUAUCUCACCAAGUGAUGAUCCACAUACUAACUUAGUAAUUGAAGCUAUAAAAAAUGAUCAUCUAAGGCAAAUGGAACGUGAACGGAAAGCUAUGGCAGAAAAAUACAUCAUGACAGCUGCAAAACUCAUUGCUCCUGUAAUUGAAACAUCUUUUGCCGUAGGUUAUGAUUGGUGUGUUGAAGUUGUGAAAGCCUCUCAGUAUGUAGAGCUAGCAAAUGAUCUGGAAAUAAACAAAGCAAUUACAUACUUGAGACAAAAGGACUUUAACCAAGCUGUGGAGACCUUAAAAAUGUUUGAAAAAAAGGACAGUAGAGUGAAAAGUGCAGCUGCAACCAACCUCUCAUUUCUGUAUUAUUUGGAAAAUGAAUUUGCACAAGCCAGUAGCUAUGCAGAUUUAGCUGUGAACUCUGAUAGAUAUAAUCCCUCAGCUCUGACUAACAAAGGGAAUACAGUUUUUGCAAACGGUGAUUAUGAGAAGGCAGCUGAAUUCUACAAAGAGGCUCUAAGAAAUGAUUCUUCUUGUACUGAAGCACUUUAUAAUAUUGGCCUUACCUAUAAGAGGCUAAACCGGCUUGAUGAAGCUUUGGACUGUUUCCUGAAACUUCAUGCAAUCCUAAGAAACAGUGCCCAAGUUCUUUACCAGAUAGCAAAUGUAUAUGAAUUAAUGGAAGAUCCCAAUCAAGCUAUUGAAUGGUUAAUGCAACUGAUCAGUGUUGUUCCAACUGAUUCUAGAGCUCUGUCUAAACUAGGAGAAUUAUAUGAUAGUGAAGGAGAUAAAUCCCAAGCAUUUCAGUACUACUAUGAGUCAUACAGGUAUUUCCCCUCUAACAUUGAAGUUAUUGAGUGGCUUGGAGCUUAUUACAUUGACACCCAGUUUUGUGAAAAAGCCAUUCAAUACUUUGAAAGAGCUUCUCUUAUACAGCCUUCACAAGUGAAAUGGCAGCUGAUGGUGGCUAGUUGUUUUAGAAGAAGUGGUAACUACCAAAAAGCAUUGGAUACUUACAAGGAUAUUCACAGAAAAUUUCCAGAAAAUGUGGAAUGUCUGCGCUUCUUGGUUCGUCUCUGCACAGAUAUUGGAUUAAAAGAAGUUCAAGAAUAUGCAACAAAACUUAAGAGAUUGGAAAAAAUGAAAGAAAUCAGGGAACAGCGCGUAAGGUCUGGCAGAGAUAGCGGCGGGGGCUCCCGCAGCAGAAGAGAGGGCAGUGCCGGCAGUGCUUGCAGAAUGUCGCCAGUGUUAGCCUCUAGACCUGAGCCUGAGUUACCCGGAUGUCUUCAGCUUGAAGUCUGCUUCAGAAACAUCAGGACCUCCUAACAGGAUGCCAGGGCGUGCCCGGUUGGUGCUGAAGCGGAGCCCAGAGGACAGCGUCCCCAGUUCCACCCCAAGAAACUCUGCCCAGACCGUCGUCUGCCUCUCACAAACAUCGGAAGGAUCAGGGUGUGCCUCAGAGGCCACUGAGGGGCCAGACCCCCCGACACCGAGAGUUUUGCUCAGCCUCCCGAGGUGACCUCUCCCCAGUGAGACUCCUUAAACCACACCGUGUCUCAGAACACAUGGGGCGCCUCAGCUGGGCCUGGCGCCUCCACCGCAGUCAGGGUCAGGGUAGCAGAGGCAGACGGCUGAGGCCGCCCGGGAUCUGACAACCGAGCGCAGAGAGGGAGAGGCCUUGCCGUUCCAAAUUCACCUCCUGGCCCUGGCCCUGGCCCUGGCCCUCACCCCCUGCUGUUUUCUUGUUCAAUAAUUUUUCCUUUCUCUCAUCUAUUCCAUUUCAGUCCAACACAAAUAGUCCUAGUGCACAAAUGCGCCUUAUCCUCACAGGAGGGAAUUUUGGAGUAGAAACUGUGUUAUUGGCACAUUUUUACAAGCUGGGUGUCAUGGUGCCUGGUUCUCUUGGCACAAGUUUAAAGUAUUAAAUACUUCCUUUUCAGGGUCCUUGCUUGCUUGCUUUCUUCCCCCACCAUUUGACGUUUUGUUCCUUAUUUCCUGGUCCCUUGAGUUACAUGGCAUCCCAGACUUCUUCAUUCGCUCCUGCAGCCCGAAUUCGAUGCCUCUUUCAGUGACCUUGCUGGUUCCACCGUAACACUUUUUCGAGAAUCGCGUCUUCUGCCUUUUUUCUCCAGCUCGUGUGCAGGCUGUCCUGGCUUUGAAGUCUGAACAAACCCUGCUGUGGAUGCCUCUCUCACUUCCUCUUUCCCCUCCCCUCACGGGCCCUUUCAGAGCAUCCAGCAAGCACGCUGCAAAUGCACCCUCACCCCCUCCGGCGGCUCCCCGCCACUCACCGUGUGCAUAUGGCCGCUUGCCUAUUUACUGUAACCCCACAUGUGACAGGCCCCCGUCUUAACCAUCUAACACCUCUACCUGUGAGACCUCAAGAUGCACAUUUCUGUCUUUAUGUGGAAAUAUUUGGCACUUCCGUCCGGGUUAGGCCCACGGGUCAGUUAGUGGAAAGGAAUGAUUUCCCAAAUGCAUUCAAAAGAGGCCAGCCUUAAGCUGCUAAAGUAAAUGCCGCGCCUACAACUAGAUUUUUUCAAGUAUUGCCCGGGAAAGAGGACCACAAGGAAUUUACAUAUUGGAAUAUGUGAAAUAGCGAUUUCUGAAAUGAUUAGCAGGAGUCCUUGAAAAUUGUCCUUUUUUAAGGGCGCCUGGGUGACUCAGCCAGUUGAGCGAGCAUCUGACUCUUGAUUUCGGCUCGGGUCAUGAUCCCAGCGUCUUGGGAUCGAGCCCCGCGUCAGGCGCUGAGCGUGGAGCCUGCUUGAGAUUCUCUCUCUCUGCCCCUCCCCCACUCGCUCACACGUGAGUGCAUGCUCACUGUCUCCUCUCACACUCAUACAAAAUUUCCAAAAAAGAAGAAAAUGUUCCUUUUCUUCCAGAUCAGGCUGGUCCCACGGCAGCCUUAUUUUUGCUGUUAUUUUGUUUAAUGAGCCUCGGCACCCAUCCUCUUUAGUGGCUCUCCAGUUUGAGCACGUGUCAGAGUCACCUGGAGGGCUUGUGAAAACAGCCUGCUGAGCUCCUAGUCCAGCAUCUCUGAACCAGUCUGGGCCGUGCCCAGGAAUUUGCAUUUCUGACAAGGUCCCCGCUGAUGCUGAUCUUAAAGGAGAUAUUGCAAGAGUAAGUGUGAUGUGGUGCAUGUAGAAAGGUUGCUGCGGUCAUUACCACCAAAUGUAACUUCUUAGUAGUGGCAGUCAUCCAGCCUCUGGCCUCGUGCCCUCACUCUGUCACUCCUGAGUGUAGUACCCUGGGAGGUGG